ACCUGCUUGAGAAAGUGAAGACGUGGAUGGUUCGAAAGUUUCUCUUAAUCUUCCAUUUCAUCAAUCGGGAUUUGAAAAUAAGGAAAUAUUGAGUCUCGGCAUGAUAUGCUCUGAAUAAAUCAGUGUAUUUGUAGGUUGUUGAGCCAACAGUCAAAAUUCUGUCCCUUAGCUGCAUUUGGUGGUUUCUUGCAGUGAGGGGUGGCCCCUUGUUUGGGUCCUUCUCUAAGUACUGCACCAAGAUGAAAAUGGAAGGGGUUACAGAGAAAAAACUAGCACUCUCUCAGGGAGACAACUUACAGCCUCGAACACGCAAGCCAAGUGUGGUGGAUAAGGAGAAACUUGGGCUGUUUAACUCUCGGGCUUUCACUUUUCUCAUCCUGUGGUACUUUUUCAGUGCAUGUACUUUGUUUUUGAACAAAUAUAUUCUUGCAACAUUAAAGAGUGACCCAACAUUGUUAGGGGCUAUGCAGAUGGUGAUGACAACUGUGUUUGGCUUCAUCCAGAUGUACUUGCCAUUGGGGAUGUACACACCUGUCAGCAGGGAGGGCAAACCACCAAAUUUCUGGAGGAACAUGAUACUCGUGGGAACAAUGAGGUUUUCAACUGUUGUUCUUGGGCUGGUUGCUCUAAAAUUUGUUGCUGUGUCUUUCACAGAGACUGUCAAAAGUUCUGCCCCUUUGUUUACAGUUUUUAUCUCUAAAAUUUUAAUUGGAGAGUACACUGGGGUGUACACAUUUUUCUCCCUUAUUCCCAUCAUGCUAGGUUUAGGGUUAUGCUCAGCUUAUGAACUUAGCUUCAACGUGCAGGGCUUUAUUGCAGCCAUAGCUGCAAACCUAACUGAAUGCUUGCAAAAUGUUUAUUCCAAGUUGUUAAUUAGUGGUGAAAAAUAUCGGUAUACACCAGCAGAAUUACAGUUUUACACCAGCAUAGCAAGUAUAGUGGUCCAGAUUCCUGCCUGUUUUUUUAUGAUGGACCUGGACAAAGUCCAUCGCACGCUGGACAUUACUUUGUUAACUUCUCUACUGCUAAACGGGGUGUUCUUCCACUUCCAAUCUAUAACGGCUUAUGUCCUCAUGGAUUAUAUUUCACCUGUUACACACAGUGUGGCUAACACAGUGAAGAGAGCGUUUCUGAUUUGGUUGUCUGUGAUUCUCUUUGGGAACCCUGUGACUUUCCUGAGUGGUCUGGGCACCAUCAUCGUGACCGUGGGAGUCCUGCUGUACACCAAGGCCAAGGAACAUGACCAGCAGCUGCUGGAGCUGCGUGAGAAAUACAAAAAGGAUGCCAUUGAUGAGGGCCUGGUGCGGCAGGUGUGAUCAAAUUAACUUAUCUCGCUGUCCUCGCCACUCAGGCGCCAGGGGGGACUUAAGUGACCAGUGUGGCGUUGUAUUGUGAGUAUGAAGUCACGUGCGGAGUCUGAGUUACAAAUAUAAGAUAAAAUUGCACGCAUGAAGUACUGGAUAUAAAAGCUUUGCCUGUGGAUGUAUUUCUAUGAAACUGACAGGAAUUUAGAAAUCAACGGGUAAUUUCAUCACGAUAUAAAUUUAUUUACCUCUUUUGAAUCCCAGUCACUGAACGAUAUUUACGUCAAUGUAAUAUAAGCUUAAUAUUCAUUUCAAGAAUUUUUGGUAUAUGUUCUGUUUAUGCUUUGAUAAAUCAUUGUUGAUUUAUCUGUACAGUUCAUUUUAUGUGUAUUAUAAUAAUACAGUUUUUAUCUAUACUGAUGUGAGUUCACAAUCCUGUGGGUAUGUAAUAUUAUAAUGGUGGUUUUUCUAAAUUAUUUAAAUUAUGAAUAUUUUAUCUUGAAUGUGGAUUUUUUGUGUUAUUUUGUUAUUUGAAAUGUAGAUACACAUUUAUUUAUUGUAAAUAAUAUUUGAGUUUUUUAAUGUGGCUGUUUGGUAUUGAUUGUUUGAUCGAGGAAGUUAGUGUGAAGCUUUUGUGUCAUCCCACUUAGUUAAAGAACAUAAUAUUAAUUUUUUUUCAUAUGCUCCUAGGGCAUUUAUUUUGUAGAAUAAAUAUAAAUUUAAGUCAUUUAGGUGUAUUGGAAAUUGAUUUGUGAGUAAAGAUUUUUUAUUGUUAUGGUCUUUUUCAUUUAAUGUAUGUAGAUUCAUGAUAAGUAACUGUUAUUGGUUGUUUUUUGUAUGUAGUAAUUUAAGCCAUAAAUACUGAAGACAGUGCUUGAUAUUUUGUUACAACAAAAGGCAGCUAUGCAAAUAAUUUCACUUGCCUAUAACAGUAUCCAUACAUGCACACUGGGGGAGGGUGGGGUUGAACUGAUGUAUUUGAACUGAACACAGUAGUUGCUACCUCAGUACAAUACCACACACUGUUUUGUUGCUUGCAUGGGCCUUUUUAACACUUGUUUUCAAUGGAUGCUCAAGCUUGCUUUAUUAUAGACAUAUUUUUUAAACAGACUGUUUGCUUUAUUAAUGUGUAUAUUUCUGGAUAAGUAGUCUACCAAAUAGACUUUUUCUCUGUUUGGUCCUUGUUUUAGCUAGUGAAUCAGAUUGUUUUAAAAGGGCAUUCAAAUGAAUAACCGCCUACUGUUAUUUGAUCAACAUGUUUACAGUAAAUUGAAUUAUUCAUCCCAUGUAAUUUAAAACAUGAUACUGCCAAAAUCACUGAUCUGAUAAACAUUAUUUUGUUUUUAUUUUUUAGAUGCUAUUAUUUUAAAUAAUUUUUUUUUGUUAUGAUUUUAUUGUUAAUUAAGUAAAGGAAAUAGUUUUCUGUACUUAAAGGCCGCAGUGCCAGACAUCUGGACGACUGGACAUUGUCCAAAGUUUCAUCUUGGGGUAUGUUUGUUGGUUACAGAGCUUUACCAUGACCAAUGUAUAUUAAAUCACUGGCUAAUCUAUAUGAGCUUGUGUUUGUUUUGUUCGUAUUCAUGACACAUUCCUCUACACUUACACUUUUUUAGUUCAAUAGACAGUGUUUGCUUAGUAGUUUAAGAAAGUAAUGUAUGUUGCAUACUUUUGAAAGAAAACAUAAAUUAUGCACAACAGCAACCCCAAAUGCUAUUUUUAAAAUUGGGAAUUGGUAGAUUUUUAUCAACAGCUUAGGGCUUAUGUGUUGAAAUGUUGGGGUUCCAUUGUUGUCCAGUUAAAAAAAAAUUGUUUUUUGUUAGUUUUAUAAGUUCAUUUACUUUGUUUUAAAUUCUUUGCUUGAAUGCUUUAUGUCUCUUUAAAAAUGUAUUAUUAGUAAUUUCCAUUAUUUAGUAAUACAAAGAGGGUUGAGCUUUAUCUUCAUAAUCU